AUGGAUCUCCAGGAGACGCAGCGUCUCCUUUCCGAACAUCUAAGCAACCUUGCCGACCUAUUUCACCGCGUGCCAGGCUCCGCAAUCUUCCUCCGCUAUGUGAAAUCAAGCUAUCAAGAUGACCCCGUCCGUUCCGCCGUCGAACUCUUCCUGUUCCUCUUCGCUGUCCGAUACUUGCUCGCUCCGAAGUACUCAACCAAGCCCGGCGUCGUACCGCUGACGGAAGAUGAGAUUGAUGAUCUCGUCGACGAAUGGAUUCCGGAACCCCUCGUCGGAAACCCGACAAGUCUUGACGAAAUGGAAGUAGACAAGCGCACUGUGAUCGUCGGCCCCGUAGGCCCCAAGUCCAAGCUCUCCAACGGCCGCACAGUCACGAAUCUUGGCUCCUUCAACUUCUACAACUUCAACACGAACGAGUCCCUCAAGGAACAAGCCAUUCAGACACUGCGCGCGUACGGUGUCGGGCCCUGUGGUCCACGUGGAUUCUAUGGUACACAGGAUGUGCACAUGAAGACCGAAGACGACGUCUCCGCCUUCCUGGGAACAGCCGCUUGCAUUAUCUAUUCCCAGGCGUUCUCGACUAUUUCUAGUGUUAUUCCCGCUUUCUCGAAGCGUGGUGAUAUCAUCGUUGCUGAUAAGGGUGUUUCUUUUGCUAUUCGAAAGGGUAUCCAGAUUUCCCGAAGCAUUGUGAGAUGGUAUGAGCAUAAUGAUAUGGAGGAUCUGGAGCGCGUCCUGGCCAAGGUUACCAAGGAGCAGGCGCGCAAGCCAUUGACUCGGAGGUUCAUUAUCACCGAGGGACUGUUUGAGUCUUAUGGAGACAUGGCUGAUUUGCCCAAAAUUAUUGAGUUGAGACUCAAAUACAAGUUCCGUUUGAUUCUUGACGAGACAUGGUCUUUUGGCGUUCUUGGUCGUACCGGUCGUGGUAUCACUGAGCACCAGAAUGUCGAUGCCGCUGAGGUUGAUAUGAUUGUGGGAUCGCUGGCUGGUCCCCUUGUUGCCGGUGGUGGCUUCUGUGCUGGUUCAGAGGAGAUCGUUCACCACCAGCGGAUUUCUGCUGCUGCUUAUACUUUCUCCGCUGCGCUUCCGGCUCUGCUGUCUACUACUGCUAGUGCCACUAUCAACAUCCUUCAGAACAGCCCCGAGACUGUCACCCAACUUCGGGAUCUUACUAAGGCCAUGCGUGCUCAGCUUGAUCCUCGCAGUGACUGGGUUUACUGCUCCAGCGUCCCUGAGAACCCAAUUCUCAUCUUGGUUCUCAAGCCCGAGGUUGUUGCCUCUAAGAGGCUCACGGAUACUGAUCAGCAAUUCUUGCUUCAGGAUAUCGUUGAUGAGUGUCUCGCCAACAGUGUUCUCAUCACACGCCUGAAAACUCUCGAAGACAACUUCGAGCCCAAGCAGGUCGUCUUUCCUGCUCUGAAGGUGUGCGUUACCACCGGCCUCACAAAGAAAGAGAUCGAAAAAUCAGGCACAAUCAUCCGGCACGCCAUUACUAAAGUGAUGAGCAAGAGGAAGUAG